CAUAGGCAGAGGGAGAAGCAGGCUCCCUGCAGGGAGCCUGAUGCGGGACUCGAUCCCAGGACCCCAGGAUCACGACCUGAAGGCAGACGCUCAACCGCUGAGCCCCCCAGGCAUCCCGACAGGCUGACAAUGAACAGCUGCUUAUAAUUCGAGAAAUAAAUGAGCACCAUGUAUGUUAUUGUAGAAGUAUGAAUGUUGUCACACAUGUGAAGGUGACUUCUGUGACUUCCACCUUCUGCUGUUCCUGCCUUUGCACAGUCCUCCUCCUCUGAGUGUGGGGGACACCCGUGACUCGCUGCUAACCCACAGAACGUGGCAAAGGUAAUGGGUUGGCGUUGCCUUGCUUAGUUAUGUUAUAUAAGCUUCAGUUGUAGCAGACUGGAGAGAGAUUCUUCUUGCUGGCUCAAUGAAAUAAGUGGCCACAUUGAGGAGUCCAUGUAGCAAGGAACUUUGGACUGCUUCUAGAAACUGCAGGCAGCCUCUAGGACCUGAGAGUGGCCUCUAGACUGUAUCCAGCAAGAAGCCAGGGCCCUCUGUCCUAUAGCCAGGAAAUGAAUUCAGCCAACAACCUGAAUGAUGUGGAAUUGGAUUCUUCCCCAGUCAAGCCUCCGGAUGCCAACACGGUCCAAAUGACACCACAGCCCCUUGAGACCUGGGGCAGAGGACCCAGUGAAGCUAUGCUCAGACUCCUGGCCCCCAGUGACCACGGGAUAAUAAAUGUGUAGAGUUGGAAGCUACUGACCUUGUGGUAAUGUUCGAGCAGCAUAGAAAGCUCAUAUAACACAUAAGCAAACUGUCAGUGCACUGAGGUCAGAAAACUGAAUUCUGCAGAGGGGGGGGCAUGUUUGUGCUCUGGAGGGAGGGUGGGGAGGAUGUAAAUAGGGAGUGAUGGAAAGAUGAGCUGUUCCCUCAUCCUUGAGGCUUUCAGUCCAAACCCCGAACCCGAGAGGACUCCAUGGACAAAGACGCCAGCCUGGGCCCCAGGUCCACUGCCUCCAGCCCCAUAUCCAAGACACACCCCAGACAGCUUGAUGGAAGAGGGCAGGCCCCAGCGGCCUGCAUUCAUCACUCUGCCUAGUGCGCCCUGCAUUCAUCACUUUAGGCAGAGGAGAGGCAAAGCCGUCCUGUUUGGUUUCUUUUUCAAAAAUAGCUAUCCUCUGUUUUUGUGAGCAACAUGCGUUUACUAGAAACCAUUUAAAAAUACAGAUAAUUCUUAAAAAGCAAAGAUUAAAAUUUCACUGGUGAUGUCAUGACCCAGAGAUGAGCCCUGUUAACAUUUUGACUGCUUCCUUCUAGUUACAAGUAUCAUGAAUACAACAGUGCUGUGUGAUAGGGACAACCCUCAUCACAGAUGGGCCCCUAAGAUUGGCCUGGGAACUUUCUGGGAGAGGCAGUAGCAGCUUACCAUGCACCUGCAUGCUGUCACCUUCACACACACACACACACACACACACACGUCCCCUAGUCCACUAGGCACGCAUUCAUUGUCCCCUAUCCCUAUGCCCCUGGCAGGCGGUGGUAUCAAGUGUGGAAUCAAAUGGAAGGUUGAAUUCAGGCCUUUCAGGAUGAGAAAGAUUCAGUCCCUAGGAAUGUAAGAGUGUAGUCAGAAGAGGACCAGUGAGUGUGUGUACAUGGCCAUGUGUACUUGUACAGUGUUAGGUAGGAGGACUUUUCCCCCUGGCUGCUCAGGACUCUGUCUCGGAAGCCCACAAACUGCAUCACUCAGGUGCUCUCAUAUAUUAACUAUCCGUGGUGUGACUGGAACCCCUUAAUUGUGAUGGCCAAGUGCAGUGCACAGCCUUGACAACUGUACACAGCAGCCCUGUCAGGAGCCCACAGUAGGGCCAGCUGUUGAAGAGGAACCAGCUCUAUCUCCUAUGUACCUCAAUUCCACGUCGGAGGACAGGGACCAAAAACACUAAGAACGCACUCAAAAACAGAAGGGAAUGGAGGUAACAGGAUCAGAACAACCACUGCCUGGUAAGAAGGGAUAAGGAGAUUGCAAAAUGGGUAAGAAAAUCCUCUCACCUAUCAGCUCAAGGCUGUAAUCCUGGGCCUCUGCUUCCCUAAGCUUUGUUCUAUUUUCACUCCUCUUUCCUAGGAGCGGUUCCCAUUGGCUGCAAGGGUUUAGUGGGGACUUAACACUGGUUCUCUGGCAUCUCCUGGUUUGCACGUCCCCCCAUCACCUUUGUCCCUCUGCUCACCUCCUCCCCGCAUUUCCUUGCGCCGUCAGACCCUCUUUGCUCAGCUCUGGAGGACUCUGGCCUGUGAGCGAGGAGGACCCAGCGCUAGAAGGCCCAGCACCCCGUGUGCAGCGGCUGCGAGAACAGGACCCGUCCGCCUCGGGCCCCAGCCACCCGCAGGCCCGGGAGAUGGGCAAUGUAAUGGACGGCAAGUCGGUGGAGGAGCUGAGCAGCACCGAGUGCCACCAGUGGUACAAGAAGUUCAUGACCGAGUGCCCCUCGGGCCAGCUCACCCUCUACGAGUUCCGCCAGUUUUUCGGCCUCAAGAACCUGAGCCCGUCUGCCAGCCAGUAUGUGGAGCAGAUGUUCGAGACCUUUGACUUCAACAAAGACGGCUACAUCGACUUCAUGGAGUACGUGGCGGCGCUCAGCCUGGUCCUCAAGGGGAAGGUGGAACAGAAGCUGCGCUGGUACUUCAAGCUCUACGACGUCGAUGGCAACGGAUGCAUCGACCGCGAUGAGCUGCUCACCAUCAUCCGGGCCAUCCGAGCCAUUAACCCCUGCAGCGACUCAACCAUGAGUGCCGAAGAGUUCACCAAUACGGUGUUCUCCAAGAUCGAUGUCAACGGGGAUGGGGAACUCUCCCUGGAGGAGUUCAUUGAGGGCGUCCAGAAGGACCAGAUGCUCCUGGACACGCUGACACGGAGCCUGGACCUCACCCGUAUCGUGAGAAGGCUCCAGAACGGGGAGCAAGAGGAGGAAGGGGCGGAGGGGGCAGGCGGUGGGGGCACUGAGGCAGCUGGCUGAGCCCACUGCCAGUGUCCUUCUGUACUGGGGAGGGGAUGUGUGUUGGUGCCUGGGGUCGUCAUUGUAAUACUAGAUCCAGUCUACUGAACUGAAAGGCACAGUCGCCUCUUUGGGGUGCACGGCCGGGGCAGAAGGGCAGGGGUGGGAGUCCAGAAGGAUGGUUCCUGAACCCUGUGCUUGACUCAGCUGGUGGUGACUGCUCCCUGCUGGGGACCCCCAGAGCCCUUCCCUGGCUUCUCCCGGCUUCUCCCAGCUUUCCGUACUGAGCUUCUCCAGUCCCACUCUUUCUUAGGCCAGGAGGCUCUGUCGCAGAACUGGGCUUUCAUGGACUCUGACGGAAUCCUAUAGAUCGGGGGGCUGCAGCUUCCAUCUGGGCGUUUUGAUCACACACUCAACCUGCACCCAGCACCCUGGAGCCUACUUCUGUGGUGCGUUGAUUUGUUCCUCCCUUCCACAAAGCAUUUAUCGAACACCUCCUUUGUAUUAAUGCUAGAUAUUGGACAUGCCAAAAAGAGGAUAGUUCUUAUCCGUAAGGAACUAACAGGCUAAGCAUCAUUAUAAUAAAAUAUGCUAAGAGAAGCUA